AUGCUCCAGGGUAACUCACACAAACACAAAUCCAAGAUGAUACCUCAGAAACCAUUGCCUUUCAAUGGCGACUUCUCGUCACCAGACGAGUACAUUGAUGAACUUCUCAAGUUUGUUCAAACGUCUGAGACCUUUCAGAUUCUUUGUGGUGGCGUCCAUAUUCUGGACUUUUUCACCAUCGAGCCUGGUCUGUUUCAUUAUGCCAUACCUAAAGAAUGGCAUCCAUUUAUUCUUGAGUGCAGUCUCAUGGAGUUCCUGGAUCUCCUCAUGCGAGAUGAUCUAGACAACCUCAAGUUUGAAAGAGAAAAGCCACCUGCGAGUCUCAUUGAUUACAUUCGAACAGUCCGGAACAUUUCACUUGGCCGGUCAUUUGCUCCUCCUUCAGAGAAACUGCCCGUUCUGCCACGCUCAGUCGCUAUUGGGAUGAAUGUUAAAAAGACUCACGAAGUCAGCAACUUUGCUGACUACCUUGCUCGGCUUUCAGACGAUAUCAGUGAGCAAUACGGUAACGAAAUAUCACACUACGUUGACUUUGGAAGCGGCCAGAACUAUCUUGGUCGAGCCAUGGCAAGUGAGCCCUAUAACCGGCAUGUAGUAGCUGUCGAAGGACGAGAGAACAAUGUUACGGCAGCGAAAGGGCUUGACAUGUCUUCCGGCUUGGCUGUCAAGCCAAAGGUCAUGAGAAACAAGAAAUUAUGGGCAAAGAUUUUGGAAGCACGAGGUCCCGAGGGUCAAGACGACCCGGAAGCGUUGGCCAAGGCUGUCCGUGAGGUGGCAGGAGAUGAAGCAUUCGAGUUCAGGCCCGUCAAGGAACUCGAAGGAGAGUACACAGUAGAACAAGGCAAGGGCUCUGUUCAGUAUAUCUCAGGUCGACUGGACAGUGGUGAUCUAGGCGAUGUGAUUGCCCAGAUCAAUACUGAGAAUGAGUCUCCGACCGAAAAGAAGGAUCUGAGCUUGAUGGCCAUGUCUAUCCACUCUUGCGGGAACCUGUCACACUUUGGAAUCCGCUCUCUGGUUCUCAACCCAGAUAUUCGAGCAGUGGCUAUUGUUGGAUGCUGCUACAACUUGAUGACCGAGAAACUUGGCCCGCCAACCUACAAGCAUGCUUUCUUGAGGCCAACCCUUCAGGCUGUCAAUGGCAGACUCUCUCGGGAAUCAGAAAAGCACGACCCACAAGGAUUUCCGAUGAGCCAGAAAUUUUCAACUUACGAGGGAGAUGGUGUACGAUUGAACAUCACGGCUCGCAUGAUGGCUUGUCAGGCGCCGCAAAACUGGACCGAGAAGGAGAGCGCAGGAUUCUUCUCACGACACUUUUAUAGGGCAGUUUUGCAGAAGAUAUUUCUUGACCGAGGCGUGGUAAAGAAAGUGCGGCACACAGACGACCAAGGAAAGCCCCAAGAGUCUACUGCAGCCUCCGAUAAGGAUGACAGCGAAAGCCCCUUUAACAUCAGCACCAAUCCUGUUAUUAUUGGAUCACUCCGAAAGGCCUGCUACGGAUCGUUCAAGUCGUAUGUCCGCGGAGCAGUGGAGAAACUCACGACCAACAACGAUUACAAGCAGUACGCCGAAGUGAUGCAGGAGAAGAUGGGCGGUAUGACAGACGAAGAGAUCGAGCGAUACGAGGCUCUGUAUUUGCCACGAAAGAAGGAGCUAUGCGCUGUCUGGAGUCUCAUGGCAUUCAGCGCUAUGGCAGUUGAAUCGCUCAUUGUGUCGGACCGGUGGACGUUUCUUCAAGAACACGACGAUCUUGUCCGUCAUGCGUGGGUCGAGACGGUGUUUGACUAUGAACAAAGCCCAAGAAACUUGGUUGUUGUAGGAGUCAAGGCUUAA